CGCCGCUGAUAUGCACCAAGAGACGUACUAUGUGAGCCCCGAGGUUGCCGCCGGCGGUGCGAAGACGGCAGCGAAUGACGUGUACGCGCUGGGGCUGCUGCUGCUCGCGAUGCUGACAGACUCCCACCCCUGGCAGUGGAGUGCGAAUGCGGCGUUAGAUCGCUCACGGAAAGAGCUUGACUCGCUUCUAGCCGACAGUACGGCGUUCCGCGAGGCGCUGCGUAAUGGGCUGCUGACACCGGUGCCGACCCCUGCAGACACAGACGAAACGCUGCGGACCGUGCUGGAAGCGUGUCUCCGCGCCGCCCCAGGGGAUCGCCCCACUGCUGCCGAUAUUCUGGUUUUAUGUAACCCAUGGAAUGUCGGGUUUUGCACAUCUGAGGUGGAUACAAAAGUGCAAGAAUGA